AUGAGUAUAUUUACAGAUUUGUUUUCACUUGUUUGCUCCGUUUUCGUGUGCACAGUGCUGGCGCUGCUCAUCACCAUUGGAGAGGCGGUGGCGUAUGUCAUCAGUGGCAUGUAUGGGCCGAUAUCUGAAAUCGGGGCAGGCAGCGCAUUGCUGAUUAUUCUUCAGCUGUUUUUCGCCGGAGUUGUUGUCAUCAUCUUGGACGAACUUCUGCAGAAAGGCUACGGACUGGGUAGUGGUAUUUCUCUCUUCAUUGCGACAAACAUCUGCGAAACAAUCGUAUGGAAGCUGCUGUACAGACGCUUCAAGAACAACGUGCUCGUUAACCUCCUCGGUCAGUGGCAAGAAGUAGACGCUGGAGGUCACUCUGUACCCGUGGGGGGCAUUGCUUACUACAUUUCUCCCCCUGGUUCCUUUGGCUCUAUUCUUGAUGAUCCUGUUCACAGCUUUGUUUACAUCACCUUUGUCCUCGUAUCUUGCGCUCUCUUCUCUAAAACUUGGAUCGAAGUUUCGGGUUCCAGCUCGCGCGACGUUGCAAAACAACUCAGAGAUCAGCAGAUGGUUAUGAAAGGAUACAGAGACAGCUCGCUUGUGCAGGUGUUGAACCGCUACAUUCCUACUGCUGCUGCUUUCGGGGGGAUGUGCAUCGGCGCGCUGACGAUCAUUGCGGAUUUCUUGGGGGCUAUUGGUAGCGGCACCGGUAUUCUGUUGGCUGUCACAAUUAUAUAUCAGUACUAUGAGAUGCUGGCGAAGGAGAAAGAACAAGGUGAUAAGGACCCAGCUUUCUGUGUGUUUUCGGAGAGGGGUAAGGAGUGA